AUGUUGUCCAAUCCACUUCAACGUUUCUCUCCCUACCAGAACGCCGCCUCAUCCAACAUUUCACCUGAUGGGAACGUCCAGCAAGGCACAAUGCAGAACGGCGGCCUGGACUCGCUCCAGAAUCAUCAAUAUCCGAUUCAACCACUUUCACAAGCUGUGCCCCUUUCAAACGGCCACUUUGAGAGGGCUGCCGCUCAAGUAAAGAAUCGACAACAUCCUUAUGGAAUUCACCCACGCAGCUCGAGCACUUCUGGACCCAUUAGGAGACGAAUUAGUCGAGCCUGCGAUCAGUGUAACCAGCUUCGAACAAAAUGUGAUGGCCAGCACCCCUGCGCGCACUGUAUUGAAUUCGGCCUGGGGUGCGAGUACAUUCGCGAAAGGAAAAAGAGGGGAAAGGCGUCACGGAAAGAACUAGCCCAACAGGCUGCGGCUCAGGCUGCAGCAGGUGGCACAGGCCAGAACAUGGACGAUUCUCUAUCAGAGAACGGCCAGACCAGCAGCAAAGGCCUCGACUCUUCGAAUAUGGGACUGGAGCAACAAUCGAAUGAACGACAUCCGAGUACGAGCAGCAAAUCGAGUCGAGAUCCAGGCGAAGAUGUAAUGCGACAUACCCAAGGCCUCGAGGGUCUCGAUCAUCUUGGCAACAUAAGCGAACAACCCCAUCUUGGCCGGUCUUCCUUGGAUGGUGAACACAUGGAAAACAACGGAGGUCUCGACCUGAACGGCUUCAAUAGUAUGCCACAUGCGUACGACUCACAGAGCUUGGAUGGUCCCGUCCUGAACGGUCAAUCAUACGCUCCCAACGGGCGAGGUAACAUGCCUGGUUACGCCGAAUUCCCAUAUACGAUGCAGGCUCAAAGUCCGCCCAACUUCAACAACAACUCUGCUUUCCGUAUGGGAAACAGCCCACUAGGAUAUGCUAUGGGCAAGGGAACAUCUCCUGGAUGGGGUAUCUCCAUGACUUCACCACCAGGCCAAUAUCAAACACAGGCCCCUCCCCCCAACUUCAACAACUCAAAACUGCGAUAUCCCGUCCUUGAGCCCAUAAUCCCAUACCUCAACAACAUAAUUCCUAUUCCUCUAGCUUGCGACCUGGUCGAUCUCUACUUUGCGUCUUCCUCCUCGGCGCAAAUGCACCCAAUGUCACCCUAUGUCUUAGGCUUCGUCCUUCGAAAACGAUACUUCCUCGACCAGACAAGGCCGAGACCAUGCCAGCCAGCCCUCUUGGCAAGCAUGCUGUGGGUUGCUGCACAGACAAGCGACGCUCCUUUCCUCGCCAGUACACCUUCAGCGCGUGCCAAGACGUGCCAGAAGCUACUAGAGCUCACAGUCUACCUCCUACGACCUCUCAUCCACACAGCCCCAAGUGAUGCGCCCAGCCCUGUUGCUGAUGGUGUUGCUCUUGGCGGUCUCGGCGUGGCCAUGCCUGGAUCAAUUAGCAUGGAAGCCACGAGUGGCGAGUCGGGCCCUUUCGGUGCAGCCGGAAGCCUCGACGAUGUGAUUACAUACAUUCAUUUGGCGGUUGUUGUUUCUGCUAGCGAAUACAAGGGAGCUAGUAUGCGCUGGUGGACUGCUGCUUGGGGUCUUGCUCGUGAGCUGAAGCUGGGCCGCGAGCUUCCUCCUGGACCUUCACCUGCGGCCCAAGAGGCCAUGGACACUGACGGCGCUGAGGAUGCUGAAGGCGGCAUCAGUGGUAACGGAUAUGUAGGCGAGGAGGAGCGUGAGGAGCGACGCCGGAUAUGGUGGCUUCUAUAUAUUGUCGACAGGCAUCUGGCGCUCUGCUACAACCGCCCCCUAUUCCUCCUUGACAUCGAAUGUCAGGGUCUGUUACAGCCCAUGGAUGAUGCAUAUUGGCAGAGCGGGGAGUUUCUUAACAACACAAACUCAACCACGGACCCCAAUCUUCUAGGAACAAGUCCAGAGGGGUACAGGACUGAUCACCCGCAUCCCCAUGGUCCUCAGUACGAGUGUCGUGGCCAUAGUAUUUUCGGCUAUUUCCUGCCUCUGAUGACCAUCUUGGGCGAGAUCGUUGACUUGCAUCACGCAAAGAACCAUCCUCGUUUCGGUACUUCGUUCCGUCAGAGUCAUGAGUGGAAUGCUCAGACCGCCGAGAUUACUCGACAUCUCGAGAUAUAUGAACAGAGUUUGCAAUCUUUCGAGCGUAAGAAUUUGCCUCGACAGGUUGAGGAUAGAGCCGACGUUGCAAAUGAGGGUAACGGAGUUCCUGAGACCAAUACACCAUCAGUCCACUCUGUGCAUACCAAUGCGUCAAACCGACUUACAGAGAGCAAUAUUCAGACUCGCAUUGUUAUUGCUUAUGGAACUCAUGUAAUGCACGUGUUACAUAUCCUUCUCUCUGGCAAGUGGGAUCCUAUUAACCUGUUGGAUGAUGAAGACUUGUGGAUUUCUUCCCAAGGGUUCAUCACUUCAACGAGCCAUGCUGUUGCGGCAGCCGAGGCCAUUAACCUGAUACUUGAAUUCGAUCCUGGUCUGGAAUUCAUGCCGUUCUUCUUCGGUAUCUAUCUCCUCCAGGGGUCGUUCCUACUGUUGCUCAUCGCGGAUAAGCUCCAGUCGGAGGCGUCGCCCAGCGUGGCAAAGGCAUGCGAGACAAUCGUGCGGGCUCACGAAGCAUGCGUAGUGACUCUAAGUACAGAAUAUCAGCGAAAAUUCAGCAAGGUCAUGCGCAGUGCUCUUGCCCAAGUUCGAGGUCGUGUACCCGAAGAUCUUGGCGAGCAACAGCAACGGCGAAGAGAACUUCUGGCGGUGUAUCGGUGGACAAAGGACGGGACUGGUUUGGCACUGUGA